UCGCUUUUCCGGCAAGUGAAAAGUCCUCGACAGUCGCGUCGUUGUCCUCCACUGUGACGUCUUUUUGUGAAGACGCUGCCGACUCCGUUAAGGCUGGUGUAUGAAAGUUCGAACAUAUCAUGAGUAGCAGUUCUGGUGUAAUCAAAGUCAUCGCAAUCAUGCGAAUCUGAAUUAACUUCCAAGUUAUUACGGAAAGAUAAUGAAGAUCGCCAGGAACACCUUACCUCAUGCGUAGAAAAGGAGCAUAAGCUCAAAAAAUAUAUGCACGAACUUAUAAGUUCUAUCGGCCUUGAGCGCUAGCCUAAACCUGCCAAAGCAGACCUAUCGAUAUGCGGCCGAAUUACAACCCUGCGAAAAGAGUUAAAAGUCAUCGCUUGCGUCCUUUUUAGCUUUCCUCCUUAGUGACCUCCUUGUUUUGAGAGAUCCAAAAAAAUUUUCCUCCUAGUUUCCAUCUAGAUCCCCGCUUUUCAGAUCAUUUUCUGAAUUAAGAAAAAACUGAAAGAACUAUAUUUUGGCUGAAUGCAAAGCUUACUACCAGACCGUUCUAUUACAUUUACAUUCUUCGAAAAAGAGAACGAAGAUCAGUCUAGUUUGCAUCUAAAUCCACGAACUUAAGACUUAGAUUUAACGACCUUGAGGAACGGGUUGAGUGGUUGAACUUUCACUUCGUAAAAAAUACCACCCAGAGCCCGCUACAUAACUACUCAUCCUGAGAAGGACUCGGAAGCCCAACUCUUAUACCCCGAAGGGUAUGUUGCCCGGAUAUAUGCCCCGGGCCAAGACUCCAGUCACGUAGACCGUCGUCAUAAAAGUGCAUCAUAAGGGGGUCUCGUUUAUUUAGAGCACCCCCGAAGGAGGUUCUCGAACUCGUAACGUUGCAUCCUAUAUUUACGAAACCUAUGGUAUUUAUUACAGAACUUACGGGCUACACCUUGCCAUAAGAUAUGAUUAAUCCCGCGCUGUUUAAAGACCCCCCAGACCUGCUUCGCGCCCGACUCAAAAUCGUCAACAUUAUCACAGUAGCGAAAGAAGCGUAGAAGAGCUCCCCCGGCGACAGACAGGACAGUCUUCCGAUGGACGUUACUGCGCAUGUAGGGGAACCGGUUCACUUUAAAACAAAAAUCGUCCCUUUUGUCGUACAGUUUCACUUCUAUUUUCCCCCUUCACCCCAGCAGUCAAGGUCAAAUCCAUAUAGUCCGCCGAGCGCCUCAGAAGUCAGAACUGUGCCUCUAAAGACUUUACUUCGAUGUACUGUUGCUCUGUUUUGUCCUGUACCUCUCAUAAGUACUGCACAGCGUCUAAGAUAAAAAGCGGCACGAAAAUCGAUUUCGCAGAAUCGGAGGGAAGACAAGGAAGCGAGAGCUCAAGCGAUCGACCACCGUCCUUCAGGGAGAAACCGGCCUCCAGGGAGAAGCCGUCAAAGGAUAACAAGAAAGCACCAGCAGUCUGCAUUAUGAUAGAUGCUUUCCCUCCUACUUAUGUGCGUAGCAUAACAAUGACUGGGUACACUACUUAUGUACGCACGACUGGGUAGAUUACUAUUCGAUAGGAAUGAAAUCAAGGAUGUUGAACGAACAGGAUAUUAGGACGUACUCGGAGGUCCUACAACCUUCGCCACUCUAAUUUCAACACCGGGUUACAGCACAUGAUGGCGCAAGGGUGACACUCAUAGAAGGCAGAGGCGGAAGCUAGACAAGAACACGAAGAGUGUAGUGAAGAGAAGUAUUUCUAAACCACGAUGACUUUUAUUCCUUGAAAGGCAUGUUGCUGGACUAGCUCGUAGUUGUAGUAGACAGAAUGGCUUGCAGCUUUAUAUUAACUUUGUGUUGAAUGACGUCAGAGGACCGUCUUAUCGUACUAAAUAUGAGCAGUCGUGCGCACAUUUACCCAUCCGAUUCUAUGUCUACCAAGUAGUUAGUUGUAAGAGUACGUAGGUGGACGUGGAGUUGUAUAAUCUAUCAGGUGUAUUGUUCGUUCUUGUGCCAGAUGUCGUGGCCACUCUCAGUAAUAGUUCCUGCGGUAUCGGGAAUGUUCAACGCAUAGUAGAUACAUGACACGCCUUGUGCUAAGGAGUGCGUGACACAUAUAAGUACUACUUGUACUCCUUGUGAUAUUCAAAAACAGUUUGUACCCUUCACAUUGAUCGUCGGCCAAGAAAGAAGUAG